AUGGAGAACAUGAUGCAGGGCAAUAAGAUCAGACGAGUUGCAGCUACUCGCAUGAAUGAGAGGUCAUCUCGAUCACACACGAUUUUCCGGAUUAUUCUGGAGUCGAAAGAUGCCAAUCAGAAAGAUGGACCUGUACAUAUAAGCUACCUUAACUUAAUGGACUUAGCUGGUUCUGAGAGAGUUUCUCUGACGAAAGCUGCUGGUGAGCGUCUUAAAGAGGGGGCUAACAUAAACAAAUCUUUGUCAGUAUUAGGAAAUGUGAUAAGGCAACUAAGCGAGGGGAAGGAGUUUAUCAGUUAUCGCGAUUCGAAAUUGACUAGACUGCUCUCACAGGCUCUUGGCGGUAAUGCCAAAUCAUUGAUUAUCGGGAAUAUCAGACCAAUGAUCCACCGCGAAGUAGCCGAUGGUCUAGAGCGUCUUUGGAACGUAAGAGUAAACUGCAUAUGGGAAGCCGAUGAAAGUAGUCGCCAUGGAGAGGUUUAUAUAUUCGACCAUGUAUUUAAGCAGGAAUGUACAAAUUCAGAUGUAUAUGGAUCUGUAGUAAAACCUUUAGUCGAUUCCUUCAUGGAAGGUUUCAAUGCCACAAUAUUUGCAUAUGGCCAAACAUCUUCUGGCAAAACACACACCAUUUUGGGCAAUAAAACAGAUCCUGGGCUUUUCCAAUUAGUAUCCAAUCAGUUAUUCCAGCAUGUGGCAGACCAGGUUGAUAAGAGGUACUUGAUUAGAUGCAGUUAUAUUGAAAUCUACAAUGAAAAGAUCAAUGACCUCCUGGAUAAGAGCAAUCAGGGUUUAACUAUAAGAGAAGAUAUCAAAGGAAAUGUGCUGCUUGAUUGCAAGGGAAGCUGUCGUAGACAAUGUUGA